AAGCGUUUGAUGUGGAAGGCAGCUACAGCAACCCAUCCACAAGCAUGGGAAGCAGAAAUGAGAAAUAUUAAACAGCUUAACGAUGAGGCUUUCAAAUACUUGUUAAAAAUCCCUCCCAGGUACUGGUCAAGAUCAAGAUUUAGCAGCAAGGCUCAGUGUGAUACUUUGGUUAACAACUUGUCGGAGGCUUUCAAUAGUGUAAUGGUGCAUACAAGGUCUAAGCCAAUCGUAACCAUGAUGGAGGAAAUCCGGCUUUACUUGAUGAAGAGAUGGGCAACUAACAGGACAAAAAGUCAAUCACUUUCUGGGAACAUUUGUCCAAAAAUCAAGAGUAGACUAAAGAAGGAGUCUCAGUUAACUAAAUAUUGGAUACCGUGCUGGUCAGCAAACAAGAUUUUUGAAGUUCGCCAUGUGUCCCAAGCCGGUGACAAAUUUGUAGUCAAUUUAGAUGAAAAUUUGUGUACAUGCAAGAAGUGGGAAAUCACUGCCAUACCAUGUUGCCACUCGUUAGCUGCUAUGAAAUUCCUAAAUCUUGAUGCAGAGGAAUUCAUUCCAUGUUGCUUUAGGAAGUCAACAUAUGAAGAAACAUACUCUUCAAUUAUCUAUCCAAUAAAUGGUAACAAUAUGUGGGAGAUUACCACAUAUGAAGAUGUUCUCCCUCCACCAAAAAGAACUUUGCCUGGAAGACCAAAGAAGAAGCGAAGGUUGGAGCAAUGGGAGUUGGUGAAGGAUGACAAAAGAAUGAGGAAGGGUGGUUUAAAGAAAAGAUGUGGCAUUUGUAAGGAACUCGGCCACAACAGGACUUCUUGCACCAAAGCACAACAAACACAACAAAGUACCCCAUCAACUCAACCAAACAUCCCAUCAUCAAAUGAAGAAGAAGCUGCAGUUUAAGGGGAUAAAUGAACAACUUUAAUGUAUUUUUUAAUGUCUCUUUGUAUUAGACAGCAACUUCGUGCUCUUUUUGUAUUAGACAGUACUUUGGUUAUCUUAUGUUAAUUACA